AUGUACUUUUUCAUCAUCCUUCUUCUGACGCUGGCGUUCAGUCAUGUCCAAUGUGCAUUCAAUGCUACAUCCAAUACAAAUAUUAUAUACUACUGGGGUCAAAAUUCAGCUAGUGUAGCGCCCAAUGAUCCCACUCAUUCACUAUGGCAGAAACGUCUGUCGUAUUACUGCGAUAGCAAUGACAAGGAUAUCAUCGUUAUCUCUUUUCUGCAUCAAUUCGGGCAAGGAAGAUCAACCGCAUUCGAUUUAGCAAACAGCAGCCAAGAUUGCAGGGGAUUGAUCCCUGGUACGCAAUUAUUGAACUGCCCCAACAUGGAAGAAGAUAUCAAUUACUGUCAGAGUCAGGGUAUCAAGAUUCUCUUGUCUAUGGGAGGAGCUACACCAGCAUAUGGCGUUGGAACCGUGAAAGAAGGAGAAGAUUUAGCAGACGAAUUAUGGGAUACAUUUGGCGGCGGAUACAAGCGAAAUGCAACUGCGUAUCGUCCAUUUGGCAAUGCUACUGUAGAUGGAUUUGAUCUUGAUAUCGAAAACGGUGAGAAAUUGGGAUAUACCGCAUUUGUCAACAAGAUGCGACAAAACUAUGGACUGGAUACCUCCAAGCCGUAUUAUAUUGCUGCUGCUCCUCAAUGUCCCUUUCCAGAUUACUUUGUAGGAGACACACUGAACCAGGCUUGGUUUGAUUUUGUCAUGAUCCAGUUUUACAACAAUUUUUGCAGUGUGAUUUACGACAAUAACUUCAAUUACAAUAUUUGGGAUGCUUGGGCAUCGGCGAAAUCAAUGAACAAAGAUGUGCGCCUGUUUGUAGGUAUUCCAGGUAGUCCUAGUGCAGCGGGAAGGGGCUAUGUACCUUAUACGCAACUCGCAAGUCAAAUUCAGCCUCUCAAAUCGAUGAAUUCAUUUGGUGGUAUCAUGGUGUGGGAUGCUUCUCAAGCGUAUGGCAACAAGCAAGAUGUAUUGCCUAACUACGCGUACGGUAUAUAUCGACUGAUUAAAGAUACAAAUGAUACAUCGCCUAUCGAGCUUGCUCCUAUCAUCGUGAACACGAGAAGAGUGAUGCCAAGUGAUACGACAACAGAGGUAGUACCACCACCAUCAAGCACAUUUGUACUACCCAUUGCCACUCUUACAGCCGCUGAAUCCAUCACGCCUUCCGUUGAUUGUAUUAUUGAGAAUGUAACCAGUAGCACUAUGUGGACAAGCACUAUUGAAUCCAAUUCAACACAAUUAGAGAGUACUGUUUCCAGCUUGCAAAUCUUGCCAAUCACAUCCUGUCAUAAUGCCACUACGACGUUUGCUGCCAUUACAUCCACAGUGACAUUGCUGCCAACCACUUUACCAGCAUCCAGUUCUGAUGUCGUCAGUUUACCUACCAUGUUUCCUACGCUUCCUUUGCCAAUUGCCGGAGACGCAUGUGAAAAGGAUGGCGUUUUCAUGUGCAGUGGAGAAUUUUCAUUUUCUCAAUGUGUGUUUGGUCAAUGGAUUUCAAGGAACUGCACUACGGGCACAAUAUGUAGAGAAAGUUAUGAUACAAAUCCACCUUCCAUAUACUGUGGAUUUCCGUGA